UGAGUGAAGCGGUAGGUGUAAAAAAAAAAAAAAAAUAAUGUAUUUGUUUACGUUCGGAUGCGCUCAGAAAACACAUCAAAGGCAGGGUCAUGAAUGAAGGACGCGGGGAGUGGACCGUCAGGAACAGUCCGUCAACUGUCUGAUCUCUUCUUCUUCACUUGAACUGAAAAGUUCGGGCUUUGCGCAGCCGGACCGAGACCGGAGUCGGAGCCAGGUAAUCCUCCUGGGAGGCCUCGGUCGGAAGGCGGGGUGAGACUCCCAAAUCUGACUAUAAAAGAGGAGGCGAGCGAGGAAGCCGAGUGUGUGGGAGGAGGAUGAAGAGGAUGAGGACGCUGAGGAGCGCCGGACUCUGCCUGGUCCUGUUGCCCCGCUUCCUGCUGGUGGCCGUCCUCUUCUGGCUGCUGGACUUUCUGUGCAUCAGAAGGAAAUUCCUGGUCCGGGUCCAGCAGCAGGACUGGGACUCGACGGACCCCCCGCUCCGCGUGUCCGACUCCAACCGCUUCUUCAGUCUGGAGUCCCUGAAGGCGGUCUGGCACGGGCAGAUGCUGGACCUCCUCAAGGAGGCGCACCCGGGCCACGAGGCGCCCAACUCAGAAGUGGUCCAGCUGGAGGACCAGCGGCGGAGGCGCAUCCUGGACUACGCGCAGGGCGACCGACCUCUGGUUCUCAACUUCGGCAGCUGCACCUGACCCCCCUUCAUGGCGCGGCUCCAGGCCUUCCAGAGGGUCAUGCAGAAGAACGCGGACCUGGUGGACUGCCUGGUGGUGUACAUCGAGGAGGCGCACCCCUCCGACGGCUGGGCCAGCACCGACGCGCCGUUCCAGAUCCCGCGGCACCGGAGCCUGGACGCGCGCCUGCAGGCGGCGCGGCAGAUGCAGCUGGAGGUCGCGGGGUGUCGCGUGGUCGUGGACGGCAUGGAGAACUCGGCCAACUGCGCCUACGGCGCCUACUUCGACAGACUGUACGUGCUGCAGGCGGGGAAGGUGGUGUACCAGGGGGCCCGAGGUCCGGAGGGGUACCGCAUCUCUGAGCUGCGGGACUGGCUGGACCGCUACCGGGACCGACGCGGGAAACUGGACAGUGUGGCUGUUUAGAUCGACCCUCUUAACUUAGAACCUAAAACUGUAAAGACUUUAGCGUCGCAGCGGCGACUUGACGUUGUGCGUAAAAGUCCGGGCGGAGUUCGGACCCUGGCGUCGCUGCGCUCCUCGGUUCUGUUGUGAAGUUCGGUUUUUAAAAGGCUUGAAUCCAGAAAACUGACACUGAUGUUCGUGGUACC